AUGAGAUUCUCCCUGAUUCUUUGUCUCACUGCUACCAUGCUAGGCAGGGCAGUGGCUCAAACCGAUCUUCUGGUGGCCCUCCCAAACUGUACGGUCCAAUGCUUUCAGACGAGUAUUUCCAACACCUCUUGUUCACCUACAGAUAUCCCAUGCCUUUGUGGUGAUCAGACAUUCCAAAGUUGUACCAUCAAGGAGAUCUUGACGUUCUCUGCCGCCCUAUUGAACCACUCUCUGAACCAAUACCUUGAUAUCUGCCUCGGUACUCAAUUUGGUUUGCUAUCCCAUGGCUCACCUUGGAAUGGGCAAAGACUUUUGGACGAUCCCAUUCCCAGACAUCGAUAUGACUCUCAAGGUAACUACUUCAACGCGACACGGCUCAAAGUCCGAGCUAAUUGCGUUGUGAAGUUGCUCUAUGUUGCGGAAAUCUUCUACAUGUUUGCCGAGAUGCUGGUACAAAUGUCCCUUUUGGCAUUUUACAUCCGCGUCUUCCCUGAGGCUUCUCUCUUCGUGAGACGAUCGUCUUGGACUCUGAUCGCCAUUGUAGGGUGCUUUGGAAUCGCAAACACCUGCACAAUGAUCUUUCAGUGUACCCCAAUCCCCUUCUUCUGGUCUGGUUGGGCUGGUGAGAUGACUGGAAAAUGCAUUGACAUCAACCUCUUCUCUUGGAUGAGCUGGAAGAAGAAGGCCCAGGUCCUUCUCAUGUUUGCGCUUGGCUUUGUCAUCACUGUUGUCAGCAUUCUGCGCCUUCAAUCCCUCAUCCAGUUUGCCAAGACAUCCAAUCCCACUUAUGAUAACUCGCCGGCCAUUUACUGGAGUGUCCUGGAAUGUGACAUGUUCAUCAUUUGCGCCUGCUUACCCGCCCUACGAUCGGUUCUCUCCAAACUCGCACCCAGGUUCUUUGGCACCACUCGCAAGAAGAGUUAUCCAUCUGGUGAUUACUAUAGACAUGAGGGCUCAAACCAAGACUCUGAGCUUCAGGUAUCCUCGCAUCACAUGAGAAGUUUAGACAGCUCGGGAAAGAUCACGAAAUGCGUUGACGUGGAUGUCACGCAGGAACAAAGAACGGCAUCCGAUGAGGAUCUGGUCUACCCGCCACGAUCAUACUACUUAUCCGAUACCUAA